GUUUUUUUGUUGACGUUACAGCUGCAGCCCUGCUCUUACCUACCAAAGCCGCUCCAAUGAUGAACUCGCUUGUAUCAUUACUUCGUUAGCCACUUCCCUCACACAUCCUGUUUCUUGCCGCACUAGAAACGUCGAUCCAGCAAUGGCUGCUACCCCGACCAUCGUUCUGGUGCCCGUCUGGGGCAUUGGCCACUUCGUACCAAUGCUCGAGGUCGGCAAGCGGCUGCUCGCACGCAGCGCACUGCCCCUCACCGUCACCGUGCUCGUAAUGCCGUUGCCUGCAGAGGCGAAGCGGGCGUCCGAGAUCACCGAGCACAUACGCCAGCAGGAAGCCUCCGGCCUCGCCAUCCGCUUCCACCAUCUGCCAGCGGUGGAACCCCCAACCGACCACUCGGGCAUCGAGGAGUACAUAUCCCGCUACGUGCAGCUGUACUCGCCCCACGUCAAGGCGGCCGUCGCCGGGUUGACGUGCCCGGUGGCCGGCGUCGUUGUCGACAUCUUCUGCACGGCGCUGUUCGACGCGGCGCACCAGCUCGGCGUGCCGGCCUACGUGUACCUGAUCACCAGCGCCGCGAUGUGCGCGCUCUUGCUGCGCUCCCCGACGCUCGACGAGGAGGUAGCCGUCGAGGUCGAGUUCGAGCAAAUGGAAGGCGGAGUGGACGUGCCAGGGCUGCCGCCGGUGCCGGCGUCCUGCCUGCCGACGGGGCUGGAGAACAGAAAGAUCCCGACCUAUCGCUGGUUCCUGUACAACGGCAGGCGCUAUAUGGAAGCAGCAGGCAUCAUCGUCAACACCAUUGCCGAGGCCGAGCCGCGCGUCCUCGCGGCCAUCGCCGACGGGCGGUGCACGCGUGGUGUCCCGGCACCUCCGGUGUACUCGAUCGGGCCGGUGAUCCCCUCCACCCCGCCCGCCGAGCAGCAGGCGCAGGAGUGCGUGCGCUGGCUCGACUCGCAGCCUCCGAGCUCCGUGGUGUUCCUAUGCUUCGGCAGCGGUGGCUGCUUCACGGCGCCCCAAGCGCACGAGAUAGCGCACGGCCUGGACCGCAGCGGGCAUCGAUUCCUGUGGGUGCUGCGCGGGACGCCGGAGCCCGGCACGAAGUUGCCCUCGGACGGGAACCUCGCGGAGCUGCUUCCGGCGGAUUUCUUGGCGAGGACGAAGGAUAGAGGGCUCGUGUGGCCUACCAAGGCGCCGCAGAAGGAGAUACUCGCCCACGCCGCCGUGGGAGGCUUCGUCACGCACUGUGGCUGGAACUCGGUCCUCGAGAGCCUCUGGCAUGGCGUGCCGAUGGUGCCAUGGCCGCUUGGCGCCGAGCAGCACUACAACGCGUUCACGCUGGUGGCCGACAUGGGCGUCGCCGUGGCGCUGAACGUGGAAAGGAAGAGGAAGAAUUUCGUGGAGGCGACCGAGCUGGAGCGAGCGGUUAAAGCUCUGAUGUGCGACGGCGAGACAGCGAGGAAGGUUAGGGACAAGGUCAUGGAGAUAAAAGCCGCGUGCCGGAAGGCAAUGGAGGAGGGCGGAUCAUCGAACAUGUCGUUGCAGAGGCUCUGUGAUGCGCUCGUCGAAGGCGCGGUGCACCCGGGAAAGUGAUGCCCACAGAGUUCAAUCAGGAGGCUCUGUCCACCAGCCAUCCAAUGGUGUACAUGUAUUCUGUUAUGAGUUCUCUGUUUUUAGAGCAAGUUAAAUAAUAUUUUUUAUGAGUUCUCU